AUGUAUCAACCACCCCAACCACAAUCACAAUCUCAUUAUAAUAAUCAUCACCACCAUAAUUUGUCAAUUAAUUCAAUAUCCUCAUUAAUUGAACCUACCACUCCUCCUCAUCCUUUACCAUCAACAAAUAAUAAAUCAAUUUCAUCUUCAUCUUCAACUUUUGUUUCUGUUGGUAAUAGAAAUAAGUCGGAAAUUAAUACAAAUACAACACCAAUUUCAACAAAUACUCCAAAUUACUUAUCAAAUCCAAAUUCUUCUUUUUCAUUUCAUAAUCGUAGUUUAUCAACAAAUAGUUUUACGUCAAAAAGUUCAAAUAGUUUUAAUGGUACAAAUUUAAAUAGUAAAUCAAUUUUGUGGGAUUCUUCAAAUAAAUUAAAUCAAAAUUUAAAUUUACCAAAUUUUUCAAUUGAUCAUUCCAAUAAUCAAAUUAUAUCAACUCCUUUAAUUUUACCAAAUGAUCAACAUCAUCAAUGUUUAAUAUCUACGACUACUACUGGUAAUGGAAACUAUAAAAAGUUGAAUACCGAAAAUCCUGGUAAUGGAAACUAUAAAAUGUUGAAUACCGAAAAUCCUGGUAAUGGAAACUGUAAAAUGUUGAAUACAGAAAAUCCUGGUAAUUCUAUUGCUACUCCAAUUUUAAAUAGUUAUCCAUUUGAUAAUGAUAAAGAGAAUAAAUUACCAUUUAAUUUGAGUGCUGGUAAUUCAAUUAGUAAUAAUCAUACUCCAACAUCAUCAAUUUCAACUCCACCUUCAACUACUAAUUUAUCAAAUAAUUCAUUGACACCACCAGUUAAAUUUACUCCACAACAAUCACAACCUAUUAAAAUUGAUAAAGAAUAUCUUGCUUCUAUUAGUAAAAUACCUUUAAUUCAGUUGAAACUGGAAAUUUUAAACUUGGCUAAAGAUCAAUAUGGUUGUCGUUUUUUACAAAAGAAGAUUGAUGAAAAUUUAAUUUCAAACUAUCAAAUUCGUUUACAAAAUUUUGAAAUUAUAUUUGGUCAAAUAUAUCCAUUUAUGUAUGAAUUAAUUAUUGAUCCAUUUGGAAAUUAUUUAAUUCAAAAAUUGAUUCAAUUUUGUAAUGAAGAAAAUUUAAAUUUAUUGUUGGAAAUUUUACAAUCUCAUUUGUUUCAAAUUUCGGUUAAUCAACAUGGUACUAGAGCAUUGCAAAAGAUUAUAGAUCAAUUGAAUAAUCAAUAUCAAUUAAAUUUAUUAAUAAAAGGUUUGAAACCAUAUAUUAUUGAAUUAAUUAAAGAUUUGAAUGGAAACCAUGUAAUUCAAAAAAUUUUAAAUAAAUAUCAACCAAUUGAUUGUCAAUUUAUAUAUGAUUCAAUUAUUCAAGAUUUAUACAUUGUUGCUACUCAUAAACAUGGAUGCUGUGUAUUACAAAAAUGUUUAAAUCAUGUUACAAUUAAUCAAUUGACUCAAUUUUCAAAUUCAAUUUUAAAGUUUGACAAUUUUAAACUAUUAAUUAAUGAUCAAUUUGGUAAUUAUGUAUUACAAUACCUUAUUUCUUUGAAUUCAUUUGAUAUAAAUUACAAAAUUUAUGAAAAUUUUAAUAAAUUUGGUAUUUCAAAUUUAUGUAAUUUAAAAUUUAGUUCAAAUGUUGUUGAAAAAUUUUUGAAAAAUUGUUAUAAUAAUGAGAUAUUAAAUUUUAGAUUUUCAAAUUUGAAAUUUGAAUUGAUUUAUCAAAUAUUGAUUUCUGAUUUGAAUGUGUUGAUUAAUGAUCCAUUUGGAAAUUAUGUUAUUCAAACUUUGAUUGACAUUGUUAUUAGUCCACGAAUUAAUUAUUCAAAGAUUGAAAAAUUGAAUUUAGUAUUACCUGAACAAAAUGAAUGUGAUGAAUCUGAUUUACAAAUUUUAAUUAUUAAAUAUUGGUUUAAAAAUUGUAAAAUAAUUUCAAGUUUUGGAAAAAGAAUUCAAUCAAAGAUUAAUACAAUAUUAAAUCAAGUUACUCCAAUUACAACAUCACAACCAAUGACUAAAUUGAAGAAAAAUAAUGGUAAUGCUAGUCAAAUGAAUGCAAAUGGAGAAUUCAAAUCAAUUGUAACUACAACUGCAACAUCUCAAAAUUCUACUCCUAAUCCUAGAUGUACUUCAUCACCUGCAAAUUUUAUAAAUCAAGAAUUUAAAUCAAGUCAACAAGGUAGAAAUUUUUCAUUACCUGCAAAUUUUUAUUCGUCAAUUAAUCAAAAUAUUCCACAAAAUAAUUCUGCAACAUCAAUUCAAUCAAAUAAUAAUAUUUCUUCUACUGUAUUAAAUACUAAUGAGUUUAAUGAUUAUCAAUUACAACAAGUUCCAUUACCACAACAAGUUCAUCCUGGAGCUAAUUUUAUCAUUUCACCACCUCCUCAAUUUUAUCAUUCACAACAUUCUUCAAUUUCAUCAAUUCCACCACAACAACCAAACAAUGUUGCAGCACCACAACCACCACCAACAAUUAAUUAUACUACAAACAAUGGUCAAAGAUAUACUCCUCCUCCUCCAAUGUUGAUGAAUUCAAACAUUUAUAUGCAACAACAAGCUCAACAGCAAUUUCAACAACAGUUUAAUCAGCAACAACAACAACAACAACAAUUUACACAUUCACAGAAUCCAUCAUGGUCAUCUACAUCAUCAUUUCAAAGUGGUAAUGGACCAAUAUACAAUAAUUGGUAA